AUGUCGUGUUGGUGCCCUUGCAUGGUAUAUGGGAAAAACCGGCGGCGGCUCGACCACUUGCAAGAAAACGAUACGGCGGAUCCGGAACAUGGUGGUUCGGGCUGUGAUGCUGACUGUGGCAUGCAUCUGGCACUCAGUGUGUUGUGCGGUUUUGGUUGGGUACUGCAGCUCGGGCAAAGGGCCACGUUGAGAGCGCGCUACCACAUUGACGGAAGCCCCCUCAGCGAUUGUCUAACUGCAUUCUUUUGCACCCCGUGUGAACUCACCCAAGAGAGUCGAGAAUUGGCAGAGGAGGAAGUGGCUGCUUCCGAUGCUGAGAGGCAGACUCAUAACACAUAA